AUGAACUCGGAAGGAAAGCCUCUGACGCGGCUCCAAGAACAAGCUCCGGCCACUCUCCAAUUCAACGAGCUUUGGAAUUCCUCGAAAACUGUGAUUCCAUUAUUAUCUCCUCUGGUAGUCUCGCCGGCUCCUCUACCCGAUGCCGAUGCCACUGGCCAAACUCAAAAUUCAUUUCUCUCACCUAACAACGUCAACAACAAUCAUGAAGCCAAAAUGAACCAUGAGAUUGCGAUCGGAAUAAUUCCUCAACUGCAACAAAGCAGCGGUGGUGCUAGCAGCUCCGGAUGGCGGCAUCCAGCCAUGGCGGGGCAAGCGCCGGAUGCAUCAUCUCUCUAUGCUUACUUCCAAUCGCAAUGCGUGCUCCUUCCUCGUAAGCAGUGA